GAUUUUUUUUUUUCCCCUUGAAGGAUUCAUGCUGAUGUCUGCAGAGUCGGUUAGAGUAAAAACAGCGCAUGCCUUCCUGGAGUCGGGAUCCGUAAAUUCUGACGUAGCCCGUGCAUCUUAAAAAUCCUUAUAAUAACGCCUAGGCAUUUAAGUUGCUAUGGUCAUUCCGAUCUCAAACCAAAUGGAGAAACUACGGAUUUUUUUUCCUUAUUACGGUCGGAUGGGAUGAAGACCUUCCUGCCUGCUAAGAGCUGGGGAUCUAUCCAUAGAGAUACAUAGAUAUGUUUAUCAAUAUGUCAGUGUGUGAGUAUAAAGUGGUGGUUUCUUAGACUAUCAGUGGUUUGACCUUGAACCUGUGCCAGUGAAACAGCAGAUUACUUUUAUUUAUGCAUUUAAUGGAUUGAAGAAAAGAACCUUUUUUUUUCUCUCUCUCCGCAACUGCAGUAAGGGAGGGGAGUUGGAUAUACCUCGCCUAAUAUCUUCUGGGUUCAUACCGUCAUUAUUGUUUAUUGCUGUGGUCCAAAAGCCGAGUCCUCUGAUGGCUCCCUUAGGUGAAGUUGGGAACUAUUUCGGUGUGCAGGAUGCGGUACCAUUUGGGAAUGUGCCCGUGUUGCCGGUGGACAGUCCGGUUUUGUUAAGUGACCACCUGGGUCAGUCCGAAGCAGGGGGGCUUCCCAGGGGACCCGCAGUCACGGACCUGGAUCAUUUAAAGGGGAUUCUCAGGCGGAGGCAGCUAUACUGCAGGACUGGAUUUCACUUAGAAAUCUUCCCCAAUGGUACUAUCCAGGGAACCAGGAAAGACCACAGCCGAUUUGGCAUUCUGGAAUUUAUCAGUAUAGCAGUGGGCCUGGUCAGCAUUCGAGGCGUGGACAGUGGACUCUACCUCGGGAUGAAUGAGAAGGGGGAGCUGUAUGGAUCAGAAAAACUGACCCAAGAGUGUGUAUUCAGAGAACAGUUUGAAGAAAACUGGUAUAACACCUACUCUUCGAAUCUCUAUAAACACGUGGACACUGGAAGGCGAUACUACGUUGCGUUAAACAAAGACGGGACCCCCAGAGAAGGAACCAGGACUAAACGGCACCAGAAAUUCACACAUUUUUUACCCAGACCAGUGGACCCCGACAAAGUACCCGAACUAUAUAAGGAUAUUCUAAGCCAAAGUUGACAAAGACAAUUUCUUCACUUGAGCCCUUAAAAAAAGUAACCACUAUAAAGGUUCCACGCGGUGGGUUCUUCUCGAUUAGCUGGGGGGUCACCCCAGCUCCACUGUUGCCAAACUUUGCCGCAUGCAUGAUGUCCGAUGGAGGCUUGGACGGGAACAUGCUGAUUCUGUUCUGCACUUACAGGCUGGUCCUCCCGGAGGCCGGCCGCUGCCCACUUGCUCGAUUUCUUGUGCGAGGAGGAGAGGGAGACCGAGCGGGGGUGCGAGUGUGUGCGUGGAUGAGUAGCAGGGGGAAUUGAAGAGAGAGGCAGAGAGGACAACGGCCUGAUGCAUGCUGGGAUUUAGACGCGCUUUUACAUUUUUGAUCAGUUGUACUUCAUCCUGUAUCCGCACAGCCAUACUUCGACUCAUCAGGAUUGGGGCUGGUGGCCUUCGCAAGGGCACGCUGCGUUUUCAGAGGUGUGGAGGGUGCAGUCUUACUUCGGAGACUUUUUCAGUUAAUGCUCGCUGGUGCCACCCCAGUGAAUCGAAAGCAAAGACCUCUUAGGCAAAAAACAAAAAAACAAAAAAACAAAUACAAAACAAAACAAAAAAAAAAGUUAAAUUUAUUUAUAGAAAUUCCAAAGGCAACAUUUUAUUUAUUUUAUAUAUUUAUUUAUUAUAUAGAGUUUAUUUUUAAUGAAAUAUGUACAGGCCAGAUAGGCAUUUUGGAAGCUUUAGGCUCUGUAAGCAUUAAAUGGCAAAGUCCGCUACGAACCUGUGGUAAAUUCAUGCAAGUAAAUAACGGUGCAUGGAUGUGAGAAAUUCUAAUGACCCUAAUGUACUAAAGGCGACAAUCUCUUUUGUGCCCGUAUUAUUGUAAACUUAUGCACAUCAUUCAUGACACUGAGUAUUCACUCUUCAGACUGCUUGUUUCAUAGCUUAUCCCAGAGGAUUAAAGAAAAACUGGGUCUCAAACUUUUAUUCUGUGUCUGUAAUAUUUCCUCUCUCAUUAAGUGACUUAUUCCAUCAUUGUAACUUCACGGUUGGAAGAUAUAAGGGUUGGUAUAUAUCCUACGUGUUUAAAUCUAUUGCAGAAUAUACCAAAGCUAAACAAUAACUCUGCUUUUGUUUUAGUUGAUCUCCAGGACAACAGGUCUAACAUCAAACAUUGUACUGAUUUAGAUCCUCAAAAACGGGGGAAAAAAAAAAAAGAAAGCCUACACAGAACAGAUUUUUUUUUUUUUUUAAAGGGA